AUACUUAUUAUUAUAACUUUGUGAUAUAUCAUAGAAGAAAAAUGAGUCUUCAAGGAAAGUUGAUUUCUGAGAUAAAUAUCAAAUGUGAUGGAGAUGUGUUUCAUGAAAUAAUUAAGUACAAACCACAUGAUAUCUUCCGUAUAUGCUCUGAUAAGAUACAAAAUAUGGAUAUUCAUGAAGGUGAAUUAGGCAAUAUUGGCUCUGUUAAGUCCUGGAAAUUCACCCAUGGUGGAAAAGAGAUUGUUGUAAAGGAAGUAAUUGAAGAAAUAGAUGAUGAAAAGAAGUUGAUUAAAAAAAAGGUAAUUGAAGGUGAUUUGUUGGAGUAUUAUAAAUCAUUUUACGUCACUAUUCAGGUUGAGAUAAAGGGUGAAAACAACUUAGCUACUUGGAUCAUAGAAUAUGAAAAGAAGAAUGCAAAUGUGCCAGAUCCACACACAUAUAUGGAACUUCUUCUCAAUAUGUCCAAAGAUAUUGAGACUCACCAUUUCAACUGAUAAA